AUGGUUGAAAAAGAAAUUAUCGAUAUUUCGAUUAAAUUGUUUUGGAAUGUAAAUGAUUCAUCAGCAACUUUCGUUGGACCUUUAGAAUUUACAACUGUUUUAAACCAUGGUUGUACAACAAUCAAGGAUCUGGACGAACCAGACACAAUUUUAUUAAAUGGAAAUAGCUACAAAAAGAUAGUAGAUAGCGACAUUCACGAUUUGAUAUCCCCUAUUAAUAAUGUUUCCUUGGAAGAGGUAAUACAGACAAAUUACGUUGAAAAUGCAGAGAAAAACCAUAAAAAUGAAGAAUUAAUGCAAGAUAAUCAGGAAAAUGAAGAAUUAAUUCUCGAUGAUUCGAUAUCAUCACAAGAGCCACUUGAUUCUCAAAAUAAUCAGGAAAAUGAGGAAUUAAUGCUCGACCAAAUUGAUUCUCAGGAUAACCAGGAAAAUGAGGAAUUAAUGCUCGACCAAUAUAACGAUCAAAUUGAUUUUCGGGAUAACGAUAAUCAGGAAAAUGAGGAAUUAAUGCUCGACCAAUCUAACGAUCAAAUUGAUUCUCAGGAUAAUCAGGAAUUAAUGCUCGAUGAUUCGGAUAUUUUUCCUAACGAAGAUAAUCAGGCAAAAAUCUAUUUAUUUAAUACUCGAAUUUUGCAAAAAGACAAUGAGCAAUCAUCUGAAAUUCAAGAAGACGACGAUCACCAGAAAUUGCUUUUAAAGAAAUCAAAAAAAAGAAAGCGUAAGGUCUCGUUAAAUAUUUCACGUAAAAAAAAAGAAAAAACACAAAUACAACACGCCUCUUCAUCCGAAACUGAUUCUGAUAAAGACGAAUCAACGUCAUCGGAUGCUGCAAUUGAAGAAUUGCAAAUAAGUACCACCACGAAUGAAAUUGAAAAAAAUAAGGCACACCUCUUAAAGGAUAACUUUGAAAUUGUCCAAAAAAAUCAAUUUAUAGUGUAUGGUGAUAAACUUUUUUCAAAGAACAGAUCAAUAGAAG